GGGGCAGAUCGAGGUGCGCACAUGCAGCGCGUACGAGGUAGAGAGCAAGUUACUGAGCAGGGGAGUGUGUCUGUGUGUAUGAGAGAGGAGGGGAGAGAGAGAGAGAGGGAGAGAGAGAGAAACGGCACUGAUGAUCGACGCCAGGCUGCCACCACUCUGUAGCAUUGAGUGGCUGCAACAAAAAGCACAGAAUAACAUCCACGACUGUGCUCUGCUUUUUUCCCCCUCUUCUCCUGCGUCUCUGCUUGCCGACGAACACUCCGCACAUUGCGCUGCAGAGGCGGUGCCGAGACUGAGCUGGCGAGAGAAUCGGGGGUCUCUGGCAUCAACAAGUUAGGGUUUAGGGGACCUGAAGCCAUGAAAGGGGAACACUUGAUCGUCAAUUAGGCAACUGAUUUGACAUUGUUGCCGUGGAAUUGAGUGGAAGGAUUUAAAAAGAAGAAAAGGAAGAGGUCGUUCUUUUCACCCGGGGUAUUUUUGGACGCAAACGACCAACUUGAAGACGGAGAAAAAGGAUUCCUUGUAGAAAUGGAAAAGAUGAGGCAGAGAUCGGAUCGUAACUAAAACACAGGAAAAACUAAAUCCAUUGGAAUAAAAACAUUUUGAGGAAAUGGAAUUUCCGAUUUUGUUCUUACUGGACGGGCUCUCUACUGCUUUAUUGAAGAGGCUGAAUUAUUUUGUGUUUACUCAAAAGGGUUUUCUCCCUAUGGAAUUGUGUUCCAUCUGGCUGCUCCAAGAGUCUGCGGAUAAAGACAGUUGAAUGCAGCCUCCAAUGUGCACAAAAGAAUGGGUUUCCAUUCAAGGUGGCCAUUGGUGGGACCCGCACCAACGGCACUCUGUCUAUGUCUGAUCAGCAUGCUGCUACUGUGUCUGCUGCCUCCUGCGUCGUGCACAACCUGCCCUCAGAAAUGCCGCUGUGAGGACCUGCAGUUCUACUGCGACACGCAGGGGCUCCAAGCGCCCCCAGAUGGCGUGGACAAGGGGGCCUUGGGGCUGUCCCUACGCCACAACAGCAUCAGCGAGCUCAGCCCCGACCAAUUCUAUGGCUUCAGCCAGCUCACCUGGCUCCACCUAGACCACAAUCAGAUCACCACCGUUCAAGAGGACGCCUUUCAGGGCCUCUACAAACUCAAGGACCUCAACCUGAGCUCCAAUCGCAUCACCAAGUUGCCCAACACAACCUUCAUUCACCUCAUCAACCUACAAAUAUUGGACCUAUCCUUUAAUCAGAUGACUGCAUUGGAACCAGAACUAUUUCAUGGACUGAGGAAGCUCCAGAUUCUCCAUCUGCGCUCCAACUCCCUCCGUACCACACCUGUACGGGCCUUCUGGGACUGCCGCAGCCUGGAGUAUCUGGGCCUGAGCAACAACCGUCUGCGGAGCUUGGCCAGGAACGGCUUUGCUGGGCUCAUUAAGCUCCGAGAGCUGCAUUUGGAACACAAUCAGCUAACCAAGAUCAACCUAGCCCAUUUCCCUCGCCUGGUGGCCCUUCAAUCUCUCCAUAUACAAUGGAAUAAGAUCAACAAUCUGACCUGUGGCAUGGAGUGGACCUGGACCACCUUAGAAAAGCUUGACUUAACCGGGAAUGAGAUCCGGGUCCUGACACCUGACGUGUUUGAAACAUUGCCAAACUUAAAGAUUUUGCUUCUGGAUAACAACAAACUGAGCAGUCUGGAUCCACUGGUCAUGGAUAUGUGGAAGUCACUGGGCACCAUUGGCCUGUCUAGUAACCUUUGGGAAUGUACCAAAAGGAUCUGCUCUCUGGCCACAUGGCUGAGUACCUUCAAGGGGAGGUGGGAACAUUCAAUCCUUUGCCAUAGUCCAGAAUAUGCCCAGGGUGAGGAGAUACUAGAUGCAGUGUAUGGAUUCCAGCUCUGCCAUAACUUUUCAGCACCAGUUGUACAAACCAUUAGCACCACCACGGAGGCCACUACAACCCCAGAGGUCACAAGCUCGCUUUUCGGAAUAAUGCAGCAGACAGCCACACAGGACUAUGCAGAGGAUUUUGGGAGCUUUACCACGUUUACCACCACCACGACGACCACUACUAAACCACCACGCACUGCUCCGGCCACCACUACCACGAUGGAGGAGGCAGCGGUCACAGAUGUCUUUGAAACAGACAAUACUGUCCUGACCGAUCGGGUUAUCAUUGGAACUAUGGCCCUCCUGUUUUCAUUCUUCUUCAUUAUUUUCAUUGUGUUCAUCUCACGUAAGUGCUGCCCUCCCACCUUGCGCCGGAUACGCCACUGCUCGGCUAUUCAGAACCGCAGACAGAUGAGAACGCAGCAGCGCCAGCCUAUGGCAGACCUUGCCACACAGGUACCCUAUAAUGAAUACGAGCCCAGCCAUGAAGAAGGAGCCCUUGUCAUCAUCAACGGUUAUGGGCAGUGCAAGUGUCAGCAACUGCCUUAUAAAGAGUGUGAAGUAUGAACUCUUAUUUAUUCCUAGAGCAUAUGGUUUGCCAUUUGACCAUUUCAGAUGAUACAGGGUUUGUUUGUUUUUAUUUCCAGUUUCUAUAAAUAUAUAUAUAUAUAUAUAUAUAUACAAACAUAAUUUCUACGUUUUGAGAUUAUGAGAGCUGUUGAAUGGGGAAAUGAGGAGGGUUGGCUUUGACAGUUAUAGGACGAUGUAGAAAUGUUCACAAAUUUAUUUUUCUAUGGAUGCAGAGUUGUUCAUAUCAGGCAGGGGCAAUCACUUUGAAUGGGAAACUAAACUGUGAGAUUUGUCUCCUCAUUGUCAAUAUAUUCUGCAGCACAGAGUGGAUAAUUAGCCAGAAGGCCCUCUGCUAAACGAAGAUUUAGUGGGGAAAGAUUAAUAUACAAACAAACGUGUUUUCAUAUACAAAGUUACCAAAUAGACUCUUUGAUGAAGUUUAUAUAAUGCACCAGACACAAGAAUUUGAUUGAUAAAUCAAAUUAGUAUACGUUUCCUUCCCUCGUUAUGAAUAAAAAAUGAUAAAUGGUAAGUCACCGUCAGGUUCCCUCUCAAUUUGGAUUCCUUCAAAUUGUAUUUUAUUUUACAUGUUCAGUUUUAUCCUUAAUU